GCUUGAAAGCAGAGGGGAUAGAAUUGGAUCUCCUAUCCCUUACGUUAUACAAAGUAUUUUUAGUUUGCUAGUUCAAAUUGAUAUUUUUUAAACUUUCUCACAACACUAAUCAUUAGGUUUGCUUACUAGAUGGGAGAUUCACAAGCAAUUCCAAACGGAAGGAUUAUAAGACUUGGACUAUAGAAGAAAGCAACACUUUGCUUGAAGUUAUGGUUGAAGGUGCCAAACUUGGAUGGCGUGAUAUUAAUGGCGUUAUAAGCAAACAAAUGGUAGAGACUCUACUUCUUCCUAUGCUUAAGGAAAAACUUGGCCAUGAAAUAGCUUAUAACCACUACCAAAGCAGAGUAAAAUUGUUCAAAAAGAAAUAUUCUAAUUACGCUCAACUUAUGCGUCAUAAUUCUGGCUUUGGAUGGGAUCCAAUCACAAAGAAAUUCACGGCAGCUGAUGAAGUGUGGUCUGACUAUCUGAAGUCAAAUCCAUCACACGGACACCUUCGAACAGGAACAUUUUCAGACUACGAACACUUGAGAGUCGCGGUGGGAAAUGGAACAGCAACAUGAACAGGCUCGAUUGCUUUAGGUGAAACUACAGAGGCUACAACACUGGGAGCACAAGAGGAGGAAAUUGGUGACAUAGACGGACUAUGUUUUGACCCAAAUAGCAACACUUUCAUGCAAAGUGAAAGUAUGUCAUCGCCCCAACAAACCUCUCCACUUUACUCACGACAUCCAGAUCAACGUACAAAUAUAGGGAAAUCCAUCUUCAUCAAAUAAAGCAAAUGGAAAGAGGAGUAGGACUUAUUUGGAAGGUUCUAAUAACAUCGUAAAGGGAGGUAAUAGUCAAGAUGCAGUUCUCGAGAACUAGUGGAUUUGGUAAAAUUGUUCAAAGCUUUGAUAAAAUUUGUUAUCUAAUGGAGAAGAGGGAAUCAAGGGACACUGAUCUUUUGGAUGCUAUGAAGGAGACUCCUGGAUUAACAGACGAGGAUUGCUUUAAAGCUCUUGAUUUGCUGAAUACGAAAGCAAAGCAAGAUUUCUUUUUAAGGAUGACUCUUGAACAACGUUAUUAGUGGAUCAUUCAUCUAGAUUAGGUGAAUCUCCACUAGAGAUAUCCAAUAAUAAAUAGGUCAUAUUUGAGUAUUUACUUUAUCUAUUGUUCGUUGGAGUGAUUUAGUUUUAUAUGGAUUGUAACAUGAUAUGGUGUAUUUGACUUGUUUUAUGGAUUAUUCUUUAUUUUUUUUGUUUUAU